AAGAUAGCAGAUCUACUUCCUUAACAUGAGAUAGACCCUUUUUCUCUUUUGUACAUAUCACCUCUGCGCGUAGCCGUCUCCAAACGGCAAACUUCAUCAUGGCCAGCGCAAACAGUAUCAAGGUCGUUGCCCGUUUCCGGCCGCAGAACAAGAUCGAGUUAGCAUCAGGCGGAGAACCUAUCGUUACCUUCGAUGGCCCUGACACCUGUACCCUCAAUUCAGCUGAGGCUACAGGUACCUUUACAUUCGACCGUGUGUUUAAUAUGCAAGGCAGACAAGUUGACAUAUUCGAAUAUUCAAUCAAGCCUACCGUCGACGAUAUCCUUAAUGGUUACAAUGGAACAGUGUUUGCAUACGGCCAGACAGGUGCGGGAAAGUCUUACACCAUGAUGGGAACAAGUAUAGAAGACGAUGAAGGCAAAGGUAUUACACCUCGUAUCGUAGAGCAGAUUUUCAGCAGCAUUAUGUCCAGUCCGCCCACCAUCGAAUACACCGUCCGAGUCAGCUAUAUGGAAAUUUACAUGGAACGCAUCCGCGAUCUUCUCGCACCACAAAACGAUAACCUACCGGUCCACGAAGAAAAGAAUAGGGGUGUGUAUGUCAAGGGUCUUCUAGAAAUCUACGUCUCGAGCGUAGAAGAAGUUUUCGAAGUUAUGAAGAGGGGUGGAAAUGCAAGAGCUGUCUCUGCCACCAAUAUGAACCAGGAAUCGUCACGUUCGCACUCUAUCUUCGUCAUCACCAUCUCGCAGAAAAACCUCGAAACCGGUUCCAUGAAGAGCGGUCAACUGUUCUUAGUUGAUUUGGCUGGUAGUGAAAAGGUCGGCAAGACUGGCGCCAGCGGCCAAACCUUGGAGGAGGCGAAGAAGAUCAACAAGAGCUUAAGUGCCCUGGGUAUGGUCAUCAACGCUCUCACCGAUGGCAAAUCCUCACAUGUCCCCUACCGUGACUCGAAAUUGACGAGAAUCUUGCAAGAGUCUCUUGGUGGAAAUAGUAGGACAACUCUUAUUAUAAACUGCUCGCCUAGCAGUUACAACGACGCUGAAACGCUGAGUACAUUGCGUUUCGGUAUGAGAGCGAAAUCGAUCAAGAACAAGGCGAAAGUCAACGCCGAACUUAGUCCUGCUGAGCUCAAAGCUAUGCUUGCCAAGGCCAGAACCAACAUCACGACUUUUGAGACGUAUAUCUCGAACCUGGAAGGCGAACUUCAACUAUGGCGUGGCGGUGAAACCGUGCCCAAGGAACGGUGGGUCCCCGCGAUAUCGGCUGACGGCGUGGCUAGUACGAGGGCGGACUCGAGGACUCAUCGCCCUUCCACCCCGUCCCGACUGAUACCGGAUAGCCGUGCCGAAACACCGGGGCUGGCAGAUCGAUCGGGAACACCAAGUCUACCUCUAGAUAAGGAUGAAAGAGAAGAGUUCCUACGAAGGGAAAAUGAGCUGCAGGACCAAUUAGCAGAGAAGGAAUCAGCCGUCGCGGCAGCUGAAAAGUCCCUUCUUGAGUCUAAGGAAGAGCUAUCUUUCUUAAAGGAACACGAUAGCAAGCUAGGAAAAGAAAAUGAGAAAUUAACAACGGAGGUUAAUGAGGCUAAGAUGCAACUGGAACGCCUGACUUUCGAAAGCAAAGAAGCUCAGAUCACCAUGGACGCGUUAAAGGAGGCAAAUGCUGAACUGACAACAGAACUUGAUGAAGUUAAGCAGCAGCUACUAGAUAUUAAGAUGAGCGCGAAGGAAACGAGCGCCGUUCUAGACGGCAAGGAGAAGAAGAAGGCCGAGAAAAUGGCUCAGAUGAUGGCAGGGUUUGACCUGGGCGGGGAUGUGUUCAGCGCUAAUGAACAAUCCAUUGCCAAUGCCAUUCAGCAAGUCGAAGCAUUGUUUGAGCUGAGCUCAUCGGGAGAACUGAUUCCACCGGAUGACCUACAAGAAUUAAAGGCUAAGCUGGUGGAAACCCAGGGCAUCGUCCGACAAGCAGAGCUCUCUUUGCAUAGCGGCGUACCGGGAAUGGCUAACGGCAAGACGAUGCAGCAGCAAAUCGCCGAGUUCGACGUCAUGAAGAAGAGUUUGAUGAGAGACCUACAGAACAGAUGUGAGAGGGUCGUCGAGCUCGAAAUUUCUCUUGAUGAGACUAGGGAGCAGUACAACAACGUGUUGCGGUCAUCCAACAACCGUGCCCAGCAGAAGAAGAUGGCGUUCCUCGAACGUAACUUGGAGCAACUAACUCAAGUUCAACGUCAACUCGUCGAGCAAAAUAGCAGCCUGAAGAAGGAGGUGGCUAUCGCCGAGAGGAAGCUUAUCGCGAGGAAUGAGCGCAUUUCCAGUUUGGAGAGCUUGUUGCAGGAUAGCCAAGAAAAGCUGACGGCUGCGAACCACAGGUUCGAGUCCCAGCUCACCGCUGUCAAGGAGCGUCUCGAGGCAGCCAAGGCCGGCUCGACCCGCGGCCUCAACUCAGCAUCCGGCGGUGGCUUCAGCUUUGCCGGUGCAGGCAGCCGUAUCGCGAAGCCCCUUCGUGGUGGCGGUGCCGCUAGUGAUGCUUCCGCCCAGGUCCCGACUAUCACCAGCCUACAAAACGAAGGCACUGCCAGUAAGAGAAGCAGUUGGUUUUUUCAGAAGUAGGGGAUAGACUAGGGAUAAGAACGACGAUCACGAGGCACGCAUACGAACUUAGACUGUUCACUGUUUUUCAGUAGUGUGCAAGGACACGCGAGGAGUCCUGUUUCAUUCGGCCAUACAGAUAGAAGGAUUAUACCCCCACCUCAGCCCGUGUUUUUUUCCAGCCCCGUUUCUUCUAUUUCAUUGAUAUGCGGUCCUACUUAUCAUCACGGUCCUUGGGGGCUAGACUCUGCGGAUGGAACUUCUAACUCCCCCACACGACCGUAUACGAUCCCGUCGUCUUUUUUUAGGGUGUAAUUGACUGAAUUGGUGGGGACGGGGUUGUACCUGUGGA